AUGGGUUCACAUACAAUUCAACAUAACAUAAAAAUCGUUGAACAUCCUCCAUCAGAUUUAAAUACAGAGUUUAAAAAACCAGAAAUAAUUUCUCAACCAUCCAAUGAUGAUGAUUAUUAUUCUACAAAAAAAAGAGAUGGUUUAAAACAACGUUCAAAUUCAUAUGAAAGAAAUGAUUUCCCGUUUCGUCAUGAAAAUUAUUUCCACUCAAGAGAUAAUUCACAAAAUUUUAAUCAACAACAUGAAAAUUAUUAUCAUGAUAGAAAAAUGUUUCCAUCUCAAUUUUCAACACUUCCUAGAAGAGUAACUUCAACUGGAAUACCAGGACCACAUCCUGAUUAUUAUCCAUCCAGAAAUUUUUAUGAUAAAGGAGGAUUUAAUAGUUCUUUUGAUGCUAGAAAUAAUCAUUAUAAGUCACAACCUUUAAAAUCACAAGAUUACUCACCUAAAAGACAUUUUGAUGAAUUUGGUGGUACUGAUAUUUAUAAUAAAAAUAAUGAUUAUGGAUAUCAUGGUCGUGAUACAGGAAAUAUUGAGGAAGUAUAUGAUAAACAAGUUAAAAUGUCAAGAAGUAUGUCUGCCAUACCAACAAAUGGUAUGAGAUAUAAUAGAGAUCAAGCAUACUACUAUCCUCCAAAUGAUUAUCCUCCUUUUAAUUCUGGUACUAUAAGACAACCUAGUAGAAAAUAUAUUGAAGAUGGUAAAACAUUUAGUAGUAGUAGACAACAAUCUGGACCUUUGCCAAAUUAUCAAUAUUCUAAUUCUGGAAUAGGUGGCGGAGGACAUUACUAUCAUAGUAAUAAUCGUUAUGAUAAUUAUCAUGAAUCAUCUUAUGGAACAAAAAAUGGUGAAGUAAGGAAGUAUGAUCAACAAUCUCUUCCAUAUGGACCAUCAAAUAUGGUAGUAACAUCUCAACAAGAUAGAAAUAAACAAAUUUCAAAUAAAUCAACUAAAAUUGGUAGUAGACAAAGUAAAUCACAAUCUAUGAAACGUCAAAGUAGAUGGGCUUCAUCAGGUACAGCCGCAAAUAAUGGAUAUUUUGAUCAAAAUGAGAUAAUAGGAUAUGAUAAAGAUGGUAGACCAAUAAGAAGACAAAAACAUUAUAAAGUAAAUUGUUGUUGUUUUACAUUUAAAUGGCCACUAUGGACAGUUGAACCAUGUCCUCCACCACAAAGAAUGUAUGGACCACCAAAUUUUGAACAUUCACAAAAUAUUAAUAUGCAUGAAAAUUUUAAAGAUAAUAAUGUUCAAUCUUAUCCUCGUCAGCCAUAUAUCUGA